AUGGCCUUGGUGGUUGACCUUGACCCUGAGUUUGAGCUGCCGAAUGAUAUGGAAAAUUACAUGCGAUACCAUAUAAUGGGCACUGUUGAUAGAGUAAUGUUGAAACCUGGCUGUCUCCCUAAAAAAUUUCAAUGUCAGAAAAGAAGUUUGCCUUCAACUGUAACAUCUUGCCCUGCUGCUAUUAAAAUGCAAAGAUUGGCUUUAGAACAGGAAGCCCUUGACUACAGCACAUUGGAGAGUGAUACCAAAGAAGUAAAUACAACCUUGUCUUCUAGUUUACCUGUAGAAGUCAUAGUUGAACAUCAGCCAAAAAAUAAAGAUAAAGGAGUUCAAGUUUUUGUGAAGAGUAAAUACUUCAGAAGCAAGUUGACACAAACAGAAUUCAAAUCCCAUAGUAUUGCAACAUCACCAUCUAAAACAUGGAUGUCAACUGUAUCAACAUCUCCCUUCAAAGUAGAACAUGUAAAGCCAGCUACGCCAAGUCAUAGAAAAUUAGUUUUGGAUAGAUCUGAUAGUGACACAUCACUGUAUAGCCAGUCAAUGUUUCAACAAAUGUCCCCUUCAGUACAAUCAUUACAGUUGAAGUCACUGUCCGAAAGCAGUAGCUUAAAUGAAGAGGAAGCUAUAUUAGAAAAGAAAAGAGAAGCAAAGCAAUCCCUAGAAAAUAAAUGUAAAAAAAUUAAAGCCAAACCACGCUUCUAUAUUGGAAUAAAUAAUAACUGUUACUUUUUAUUACAUUUAAUUGAAAAAGAAACCAACAUACCCAUUGUGAACAUAUUACUGUGCUUAAAAAAAAUAAGAUUGAAUACAACAUUCUCAGAACUUUCUGAUCAAUUUGGAAUAUCUAUGUCAUAUGCUGGCAAAAUAUUUAGAAAAUGUGUUCCAACGAUUUCUGCUGCUCUUAAAUCCUUUAUUGAAAAACUAGAUAAGAAAAAAAUUAAGUCAUCCCUUCCAAUUGCAUUUAGGCACCGCUACAACAAAGUCAACUGCAUUAUAGACUGUUUUGAAAUUGAAAUAGAAAAGCCUUCUAAAUCAGUACAUCAGGCAUUAACAUGGUCUGAAUACAAGAAAGGGAAUACAAUUAAAUACUUAAUAUCAAGUACACCAAAUGGUUUGGUAAAUUAUAUAUCACCAGGAUAUGGAGGACGGAUAAGUGACACUUUACUUGUGGAACACAGUGAAUUUCUUGACCAACUAGAGCCUGGAAGUUGGGUCUUAGCAGACUGUGGUUUUAAACAUAUUAAACAACUAUUAAUUCAAAAAAAUUGUCACCUACUAAGACCCCCAAGUGUGAUUCAAGGGGCUAAAUUAAGCAAGAAAGAGGUUCAUCAAACUAAGCAAAUUGCAAGCUUAAGGAUACACAUUGAGAGGGUUAUUCGGAGAAUACGUGAAUUCUCUAUGUUAAAACCACAUUCUGUGUUAAAUUCUAAAUUGAUAAGUGUGCUAGAUGAAUGUGUCAUUAUAUCAUGUGCUCUUAUAAAUUUACAGGACUCCAUUGUGUAC